GGUAACAUGCUCAACAUCUGGAUUCCAUCUUUUAUGGUCAUGUGACUCGAGGGAAAUUAGUGGGAUUGCGGAACGAAGUGUCCCUCAGACUAGAGAAGACCAACUUCAAACUGAACCGCAACUUCUGACACUGGAACAUGCAUCUAUCCUUUAUUCUAGCCCUGCUCUCGUGUCUUCCAGUCUCUCUAUGCAUCGUAACCACUGUAGGAGACCUGGCCGUGCUUGGGGGCCGUUCCGUCACUAUCCCCUGCCACUAUGAACCCCAGUAUGCCGGUUAUGUGAAAUACUGGUGCAGGGGUCGAAUGAGGGAGAUAUGCACUAGCCUGGCCCGCACAGACACCCCUCAGUCCUCUGGCUCUGAAGAGCAGGUGGCCAUAUUUGAUGACCCAGUUCAGCUUGUGUUCACCGUGACCAUGAGGGAGCUGAAGGAGGAAGACUCUGGGUGGUACUGGUGCGGGGUGGAGGUGGGAGGCAUAUGGAGUGCUGAUGUUGCGGCCUCCCUGCAUGUCGAUGUUGUUCAUGGUAUGUCAGUGGUCAACAGCAGGUUGAGUGGAGAGGAAGGGACCAGUGUCACUGUUGAAUGUCAGUACAGUGAAAAAUACAGAGACAGUGAGAAGAAGUGGUGCCGAAGUGGGGACUGGAGCUCAUGUCUGGUGACAGAUGCCGAGUCCGGGAUCUACGAGGACACGUCGGUGGUGAUCAGUGACGACAAGAAAGGAAGUUUCUCCGUCACCCUCAAGAACCUGGAGAAGAGAGACUCGGGCUGGUACUGGUGUGCUGCUGCACAGCAACAGAUGUCUGUUCACGUUAUGGUCACCCCUCGAGUAACCACCAGUAUGUCUCCAGUGUCUGUGAAGACAUCCCCUACCAGCCAGCCGCAGUCAGCCUCUCAGUAUACAUAUGUUCCCCCACCCAAACCCAUCGCUAAGGACUGGGACUAUCAGAGGCACUUCAUGGAAUCUCCUCUGAUGGUGUGUGCUGUCAUAGUGAUCCUGGUGGCCCUAGUGAUGUUGUCCUAUAAAUUGUGGCACCACUACAGGAAGACACAGAGACAAAGACGGGCCAUGGAAAACAAAGCAAGACUCAGUGAACAUCCAGGUGAUGGAGACUGGCAGAAUGCCUCAGUUGUGUUUCUCAACUCUGGAUCACACCAGGUAUUCUGACUCCAAUCUAGUUUUGGAUCAAUCAAAGACGUUGUUAGAUUGUACUGUAGAUAAUAACAAUGUUGAUGAUAUGAGUUGGAAACUGCCAAGUGCAAAUAAUGGCAUCUUAUGAUUGCUAACAUCUUAAAAAACGUACCUGUGGGUCUUUAUGUUUUGUUAUGACUUUUUAUAUGUAAUUUACAUUUAGAUUACCUUUCAAGAAAAGAAAUCUUUUGCUACUUUUAUAUUGCUUUUAUAAAACCGCCUUCAAUGUCUUGUCUUCUUGACCCCCAUGACCCCACAGUAUACACCAUCGCCCCCCAAUAAAGAGAGUGUUGGGUG